CUGGGUUCCUAUGACCCCACUAUGUCUCAUCAAAAUAUCACCCAUAUUAUUCAGGAAUUUCUGCGGUACCUCACAGCACUACAGACCACAGAGCUUUUGUUGACUGCUAUAGACUGCCUAAAGGAAGCCAAUAGGAGCACCACUGCGGCAUCACAUGACAUCACAUCUGUAAUCCUGCAGGGAUACAUACACAGGUUACAUGGGCAGGUGCCGGAAAUUGUGGAUAAGAUCUACCAGCAGCUUGGUUCCAUUUACCAGUACCAGGACAGGCAAAUAAUGAUGGGGGUCUUGGCCCAGCUGGCUCAUACCUACAUGGCAGAAGUGUGCAGUGCCCUUCUCCAGUUCCCUUUACCAAUCGACAGGUAUGCUUCUGAGAUGUGGCAUGUGUUGACCAAAACAUGUUCCUAUGAAGACCUAACUCUCCUUGUGAAUGUACUGCUGAAAAAGUUGCAGCUGAGUCCAAAGGUCACAGGAAACUAUAUCACACCUCUGGCUGCUGCUAGCGCUUUCUCAAAGCUGUUAUCUAUGCCCAAAAGUUCGGAAGUGGCCCUCUACAUCUUUCCCCGGCUGCUGAUGGCGCUGCUUGUUCAGGUGCACUAUAGCAUCAGGCACAGCGUAAUAAAGAACUCAGAUUCUCAGGAGGAAUUUGAGCCUGUGGGCUAUAUCGUGGCAGCACUGAAGACUCUUCUCCUAGCUGCGAGGUGCUAUUGUGAGUUUACUCUUAUUGAGAAGGAGAGGGGAUGGGAGCUACUCACCAGCUGCGAAGAUCACCAUCGGGGAGUAGGCCUUAUUGCAAGAGUCAUGCUUCAGACCUCCUAUUAUUAUGACGUUUUGAGGAUCUUGUACCUCCUAGUUCCCUUUCUGGAGCGAGGUGAUGAAGAGCACCAGAUCACAGGAUUGGCUUUCUUCAGCGAACUUCUUUGUAUGUCAGAGGCCAGAAGACUUCCCAAACAGUAUUCUUUGUAUCGUCUGAAGCGAGGACUGGCUAAUGAAAACCCAGUCAUCCGGGCAUUGUGUAUCAAAGGACUGGUUAACAUCGCAUACUGGAUAGGAAAGGAGGAAGUAAAGAUUGUAUUGCCUGCCAUGACAAAAGCUCUUACAGGGAUGGAUGGGCGGCUGUUUGUAGAGGCAGUUGCUGACAUUGAGAAGAUUCUUAAUGGCCCAGAAGGAGCAGACUGUAUUUGCGAUAUCAGCCUUUCUCUUCAGGAACUAUUCAGUGAUGUAAGAAAGCAGUGUCACACUGGCUGGGUUUUGUUACAAGCCAAGAGGCAGGCAGGCCUACCCUCUCACAGAAGUGGUUUUCUCUUGAGGUCCCGUUGACAAUGAGAACCAAUAUGAUGCAGUGCCUAGAGUGUGGGACUUAAAAGACUCUCAGGUUCAGAUCCCUACUCU